AAAAUAAUUUUGAUGCAUGAUGUUGGGGUGUGUAGUUUUGUACAGUCAUGUGUUUAGUCAUUAGUCAUAGUCAUAUAUAGUCAUAUAAAGAAUAGCCAGUCAUUUUUGCCAUGCAUACCAUAUUCAUUUGUUUUUAAAUACAAACCUUAUGCUUCUGCUUGCUAUAAAUGAACCUCUUCCCCGUUUGAAAAAUAAACUUUAAAGUCUACUGUAGAUAGUAUUUUUUUGUUUAAGAGAGAAAUUAACCCUGGUUUCUUCAAGUAGAAUAACUAUCUGGAGAUAGAAGCAGGAAUAAUGUUUUUAAAAAAACAAAAAAACAGGAUAAUAGUACCCAGUAGGGAUUGAUUGAGAAUUCACGUUAAAAAAAAAAAGGGAUGCAUAUGUACCAGUGAGUGGAGGAAUGCAAUCUACAACACAUCAUUUCAUGCAUUUUUCCUAUUACGUAAGUAGGGUACACAAAGACUAAAAGGUAUGGCUGUACGCAUACAAGAAAUGUAGAGCAUGCAGUUGUACGUAGAAGAUGUUUGGCUAAAAAUAAUAGGAGACUAAUGCCUUGAAUGUGUUGCUUUUUGUCCUUGCUUUGUUAUCAGAUGCUUGCUGCUGAUGGAUAACCAUCACUUGCCACCAUGAACUGCAGAUUCUUUCUAAGCCUACUGGCAGUUCUCUGCCCAGCUCACUUCUGGGCCACAGCCUCUACUGAGGUUCCCCUAAUUAACUCAACAAAUGCUUUGACUACUACAGUAAACAAGGUCAGUACACUUUCAAGACCUCAGGAAUUCAACAAGACAGAUUUGCUUGCCCAAGCCGGUCCGUCAUCUGAUAUAACUACAAGCCAACCAUCAGUGGUAAACCUUAGCAAUUCUCCUAUGGAUGGAGAUGGGUCUGACGCUUCCUCAGCAGGAACUGCAACACAGAUUCAUACUGACUCCACACAAACUCUUUCAGCCUCGACUACAGCUCAUUCCAGCAAAGCUCUGAAAAUGCCAGAGUUUGGCUCACCUUCACCUAAUUCAAAUGGGAAGGAUACAGGGGUAUCCAGCGAUACCCCUUCAGCAUCAGUGCGUAAAACCCCCACAUCUACAACCCUGGAAAAUACACACAUUGUUAACACACCCACAAACAUAUUUGCGAAUGCUAUGGCAGCCACACCUAAGAUGUCAGAUGUCACAGAUCGCAACAUGCCAACUAGCAUUCCACAGUUAUCACAAACUGAUCCUAAGUUAACAUCUACACGCAAAUUCCAAGACAAAACAAAGACAGUGAAGCCAAAUUUAGCGUCAGACAAAUCUGAGAAAAUAUCGCAGACGGUGACAUCACUAAAAUCAUCAGAUUUGAUUAACUUCCAAGCCACGCAUUUAACUUUGAGCCCAUCUGCAACAGAAGUAACUUCUGCAUCCACAACUACGAAGGAAGCCAAAAGUACAGCCAAAAAACAGCCAACCAACAACCUCAAAACAAUACUACAAGGGCGGAAUUCAGAAUCCCCUCAAACAACGAAGAAACAAGCCACAGAACCCAUUGAAACUCGGAAUUCAAAAUUUGCAGUUCCCGGAUCAACCGCUGCAACAAAUGAAAAUAAUUUAUCUAUAAUGAAUGUAAUGUCAGCUCCAAAACAAGGAACUCCCUCGAUAACAAUGGUAUCUGAAGCACCAUCAACUGAAACAGAAAAAAAAAUGGCAGCUAAAGAGAAAGAAUCCUCUAAAACCUCAACACCACCUAAGGCCCCUGAUGCAAAAAAAGGUGACUUAACACAGUCACCUAAAGAAACACCACCCAUAGAAAAAGAAUUUAACAAAAAAACAGCAACAGAAAACCCAAAUGAUAAACCAACAGAUCAACAAAAAAAAACAGAUGUCCCAAAAAUUGACAACACAACACCAACACAAAGCAUGGAAUUUACAAAAGAGUCAAAAACUCAUGAAACACAGGCAACAACAUCCACAAGAUCAACCCAUGAUGACAAAUCUACAACCAAUUCACCACAAUCAGCAACUCCACCAAAAAUUACAUCUCCUGUAACAAAAGAAUCACCGAAAAAAAGUUCACCAAUUGUGAAUCAAUCAACACCAAAAUCAACCAAAAGUCAUGGAUCUACACAAUCAGCAAAUUCAGCAGAAAAUGUGCUAUCUGUAACAACCAAAUCAAUGACUUCACAAACAUCAACAUCAGCAUCAUUAACAGCAGAAAUACCAACAGCUACAAGACAAACUACUGAAUCAACUGCAAGUAAAAGUACAUCAACGCAAAGUGGAUCAGUGACUACAGGAACACCAUCUACACCCUCUGUGGCGACGACAUUUAUAACACAAACCAGAGGAUCUGUGGAAACAGUUUCCACAAAAACAACAAAAUCUAUUCCUCUCACAAUAGAUUCAUCAACAACACCAACACAAAGUACAGCAUCCGUUGUUUCAUCACCACAAAGUCCAGCACAAACCACAGUUGUAACCACACAAUCGGCAACUUCAGCAGGAGCUCCGCUAUCUAACAGAACCAAACCAUUGGAUUCACAAACAUCGGCAUCGUUGACAACAGAACAACACACAACUACAAGACAAACACGUGAAUCAACUGCAAUUCAAAGUACAUCAACGCAAAGUUUAUCAUCCAACACAAACUACAGUUGUAACCACACAAUCAGCAACUUCAGCAGGAGCUGUGCCAUCUAUAACAACCAAUCCAGUGGCUUCACAAACAUCAACGUCAGCAUCAUUAACAACAGAACAAUCCACAGCUACAAGACAAACUACUGA